AUGGCUGUCGAGCUUUCAUCCGACCAGCGCCGGCGAACCACCGGACUUCUCCGAGGUGCAGAUCUCCAUUUCAAUGAGUCUUCAUAUACUGACACCAACCCUUCCAGCGAUGAUCACCACCAAGUGUUGAUACCGUUACCGUCUUCCGAAACGGAAGAAGGCGAAGCAAACUCCAACUCAAUCCAGUCAUACCAUGAGUUCGAGCUAAACCAAUCAGAAUCCCUCACUUUCUUAUACAAUCUAUUGUACGAUGAAAAUUCUCAUUUAUCCAAGGCAGAUAUCCUCAGCAUUUUGAACUCGCUCAAAAUCCGCGAAGACAACUUGCCAUUUUCGAUACAGUCAUUGGUUAAAACAGACUCACAAGGCGUGUCAUGGCCGCGGGGUCUCAGAAACAAGUUUUAUAUGGACAGAGUCAGAGUAGGCAAGGACAACUGGUUCCAUAACAUCCCUGGCUCUCGCGAGGAAGCCAUCAAGCAUCUUUCCAAAAAGUCAUACAACCUAAACACGGACUUCUUCAAGUUCGACAAGUUCUACAGUAAAUUAAAGCUCCAUAUCACCCAUUUUCAGCUUCGGAAUCUAAUAUGUUGUGGCACGAAUAUAGCGAAUGGCAUAUAUUAUCCACUGAGCUACUACCACGACCACAAUCUCCAGACUGUACAAAACAACUUUUUGAACUCAGGAUCGUUUCCACCACCUUCCAGUGAAGAAUACCAUACAUUUUUCAAGAUCAACAGACUCAUGCCUGAUAACAGACUCAGCAGAAGGUCACGAUCCAUGAAGUUGGAUUGCUUAAUAGAUUCACGUGAUUUACCCAAAAACUCCAACAACAGGAUAUCAACCUUAACUUGUACCAACAAAUACUUAGCAUGCGGAACAUUCGAAGGAGGAUUUAUACUAUCGGAUGUUUCAGACUCUGACAACGUGAAAACUGUUGGAGAAUACCAUUUGACUAGCAAUAGCGAUGGAAUAACCAACCAUAUCAUCAUCGACGAAAGAGAUAGCGAGAUUAUCGUUUCUUCCAACGACCAUAGUUUGCGGGUAUUCGAUAUAAGAACAAGCCAAGUCAGUAAUAACAUGGUAGAUUUACCAUUUGCAAUCAACUGUGCUUCUCUUAGUCCAUCUAGUCCCAAUGAGUUAUUUGUCACUGGAGAUCAUCUCAAUUCGUUCGUCAUAGAUACGAGAAUGAGUCAGCACAACUUUGAAAACGAGAGUCAACGAUUUGUGGGCCAUUGCGAUUACGGAUUCAGCUGUGACUGGUCGUCUGCAAAUGAAAACCUUUUAUUGACAGGAAACCAAGACACUACAGUCAGAUUGUGGGAUAAACGUAAUUCAGACCAGAGUCUAUAUUGUUGGAGUGGCUCAUUAGGUUCAUCAGACUGCCAUAAUGGUGGGCCCGUAAGAAACUGUAAAUUUAGUCAUAAAGGUGAGUACAUAUCAUGGGCUGAGAGCUUGGAUCAUAUUGGAAUUAUUCAGUUGGAAGAUUUGGUUACAUCGUCCGAGGAAUCCCUCCAGUCUCGUGUACAAUCAAUUGACUUCAUUGGCAAGUGCACGGGAUUGAAUUUUGCACCAAUAGAAGGAGGACAUGGCGAACAGUUGAUCAUAGGAGUCAAUGAUUGCCCAUUGGGGGGAAUCUUGAGUUAUAAAUUGGAAAGCAAGUUGAAGUCGUUGGAUUUCGACUUCAGUUUUUAGUUCUACAUUGUUACAUUAGUUAUAUACAUUUGGGAUCAAUGAACGGUUGUUCAGUAU